GCUUCGUCACUUCCUUCCCAACCAAGCUCUUCCGUUGCUAAGAAACCCACCUGCUCCCUGGAUACAGACAGUUACCAGCACGCACGCGGACCUUUUGUUUUUUGUUUAAAAACCUCAAAAAUAAUAUAUUUUAUUACAUUAAUUAAUUUAUUUUAUUUUAAUAAAAGAACUGGAGAGAAACAGUAGGAAGAUAUGGCGGAUGCUCACCGGACAAACGUGCUGGUCACGUCGUGUUUAAAAACGCCGGUUGACCCGAACACCAAAGCCCCGUUAGCCUCGUACGAGAGGGAGAGAGUGCUUCCGUACUCGGCCACCAGUCACAUGGACAACCGGGACUACGAGAAGGAGCUGGAGUAUGAGGACUCAGGCUCUGAUUUCUGUGAUGAGGACUGUCUGGGGAAGGGCGGUCCUUUCAUGGUGACUGACUACAGAGCAGCAGGAGACCGCCUCGACCUGAGCGAGAUCUUCUUCUCCAACGAGGAGUACUACAGCAAGCUGGAGGAGCUGAAGAAGGCCCACCUUCGCACCAUGGCGGAGCUGGAGAGCAUGUAUCGGCGAAAGCUGCAGCUCAAGUCCAUGGAGCCACUGGACAUGGCGACGCUGGAGCCCAGACACAGGCUAACAUGGUCCAACAGCAGCCCAGCUGUUUUACGCCGUUUGAGGAAGUCACACUCUGCGGUUGAGCUCAGGAGAGCCUCGGGACAGUCCGACUCUUCAGACGAAGAUGAAGCUACCAGUAACGACGUGGAGAAAGGCCUGCUUUUUUCUCCGAAAGAACACAUCAAGAACAUGUGGCAGGACUUUAAGCUGUCGCCUCAUAAUCGCCUGGUGUCGGCCUCGUCGCUGCACAGCCUGCCGGGAGACCAGAGGAGGCGAAAGGGGAAAGGAAAGAAGAGGCAGGGGCAUAAAGAUGGAGAGCAGGAGCAUUGGAAACACAGAAUGACCGUCCCGAAACCUUUCCAGAUGAUGCUGCGUGAGGCCGAGAGGCGAAAGCGUGGCAUAAAGACGCGUUCAGAGAUCGAACUGGAGAAUGCGGAGCUGCGUCGGCAGCUGGAAGAACUGACUGAGUGCCAGAGGAAGUUCCGUGCCAGCCCCGUACCGGCUCAUGUUCACCUCCCGCUCUUUGAAGAGCUGCAGGAGCGUAACGAGGAACGACAGCGAAGAAUGAGACAGCGAGAAGAUCAGCAUCUCCGAACCGUCCAGAAGCCCUUCCACUUCCUGGAGAGGGAGCGACUGAAGAAGGAGCAGAAACAGCUGCGUCCCCCGCAACCGUCCGACCAGGAGAAAGUCAAACCCUUCAAGGCCAAGCCUGUGCCCAAGGCGGUGUACGUAGCAGCAUCGGGGGAGCAGGUGAAGGAGGAGCAGCUGUAUCGGUCCAUCAAGAUACAGAUGAGGGCUCAGGAGCUGCUCCACAGUGCUUCAAUGCCUCCCAGCAUGCUCGCACGCCGACUCAGCGAUCGCAAGAAGACCAAAGACGCUGCAUCCGGAGGGGACCACUUCUCCCACAGGCCGCAAAUUAACAAAGAGGUACCCGACUUCGACGCCAGUUACCGACGCUUCCAGAAGCACCUGGAGAAACAAAAAGAGGCGAGGCCCACGACUGCAUGCGAGCCCUUCGAACUGAGGACGUCACAGAUCCCUUCGCACCGUGAACGCAUCCUGGCCGACAUCGAGAAGGAGCAGAGCAGCCCUCGGAUGCUGCGCUGGCCCCACAUCAGCCCGGGGCCAUCUCGGACAGCAAACUCAAGUCUCUGUUCGUCCCUCUCUGGCAGCCUGGAGCUCCUGCCUGCCAAAGUCACAGACGCCACCAAAAAGCGCCAUGAGGCUGUGAGAAAGGCCCUGGAGCAGAGGAAGAGGGCCGAGGAGGAGGAGGAGCAGUGGAAGGAAAGGCAGAAGCAGAGGGAGAAGAAGCUGCAGAGGGUGGUGGUGAAACGAGCCCAGGCCAACGACCCCCACCUGGCUCUCUCACAGACGCACAAGACCAAACUCAAAGAAUUCAGGAAACAGGAGCUUGAGCGCAGGAAGGAGUACCAGAAGGAGAUCAAGGAGAUGCAGCAGAGGGUGAAGGGGAGGCCACUGCUGCUGGAGCAGGUUGCACAGAGGAAUGCCAAGCACGCAGCAGAGAAGCGCUACACAAACGCCCUGCAUGGAUGUGAUCUGACCGAAGAGUUUAUCAGCAGCAAGGCGGCAAAAUCGGGAUCUGCACGCAAAGCCUCUCGGUCCAGUGACGGCAAACAGAGUGACGAAGAGGACCUAGACACGGGAUCCGAACCCGUCAGCUACAGAAAGGUCUUCCUGGACGACGAAGACUCUGAAGUAGAGCCAGACCGAAGGGAAGGAGGGAGCGACGAGGCUUCAUCGAACCACCGCGACGGAGACGACGCCAGCAGUCGCCACUCAGAUCGGGAUUAUCGCGGAGAGGAUCCCCACUGUUCAGAUGAAAGUUACCACUACUCAGACGACCAUGAGAACUACUCAGACGACAGCGAGCGCGAUGCCGACACUAAACAGCAGGAAGCAGGGGAGUGACGGCAUCGAUACGUUGGAAAAACUCUGAAAAAUUGAACAUAUCGAGUGAGGAGGAACCCUGAAGAGGGAGCUUCUUAUUCUGAGAAUGAUUAUUGUAAAUACUCUUCACAGGAAAAUGUUAAUCUUUAACAUAAGCUGAUGAGUUUGGAUGUGUCUGAAAUCACUUACUCGUUCACUCACACUAUUCCUACAUAAUGAAGUCCUUCCUUUACUCUA